UCUAUUCUUUCAAAAAACGUCUGCGAAAAUUUCCCUUCUCGCCAUCUAAUCAGGAAAGGAACUACUUAACCUAAUGUUUACAUUUCCUGAACAAUUUAAAUGGAAUUUACGUUUGAUGAUGAAUUGGAGUGCCUUAAAGCGUGUUACAGCGCAGAUGAAUUGAUAUAUUGGAAUUGCAGUGAUUCCCGAAUACUGAAAUUUACGCUGAAAGAUGCUGCAUGUAUUACAUUUAAAAUAUCUGAGGCAUAUCCUCACAUUCCACCUCAGAUUUCCUUGGCAGCUUCAGAUCUUCUUAAUGCUGAAAAAUCGACCAUUGAAGAAGAAAUCAGGAACUAUGCUGCAAAAAUUGUUGGAUCACCUAUGAUUAUGGAUUUAGUUAUAAAAUUGCAGCAAAUUUUAGAAGAAAAGAAAAUGAAGGAAAAUUUAAAGUGUAAAACAUUAAUGCCACGGACACAAGAAUUUUUUUUUGUUGUUAUUCUGAUUGAUCACAUGAGAAAUAAAAAUAAAUAUUCGAAAUUACUUACAUCCUGGGUUUCUGAAUUAGAUCUUCAUGGUGCUCUUAUAUUUUGUCAAAGAUGGAUAUUUUUAAUUCUUCAAAACAGUAAAAAAAAUAUUAAGGAGUUCAUUACUCGGCUCAGAACUGUACCCAUUGAUGUUGAUUCUUCUGGGAAACCAUGCAAGGAAAAAAUGUGCAAGAUUUUAUAUGAAGGAACAGGUUACAAUAGGUAAAUUUUCUAUAGUGUGCGUGUGUUGAAUAAUCUUCAUUUAUGUGUGUUUCCUAGCCAUAUCUUGAUUUUCAGUGGUUCUGGCUAAGAAUAUGAGAGUCGUUUCCAAAGUUUUAGAAACUCAAGUUCAAUACUAGAACAAACAUACAAGCAAUGUUAUCGGCCAGAGACAAGUCUUGACAUGUUUAUGCAACUGUUCAAUGCAAUAUUAUUCAAUCUGAUUGAGUUGCUUGACUGAUGCAGGCACAUUUUUGUAACACUAUUUCUGCAACUUUGGAAGAUGCAAAGAGCAGUUAUUUUAUUUUUGUGAAAAGAGGGUGUGGAAACUUCAAAAAUUUUUCAACGUCUGCAAAGUCUUUUGCUCUCACAUUUGGAAAAACAUUUAUGGAGUGUUCAAUAUGAGAGUUAGUCAUGCCAUAAAGAGAGGGAGAAGAGAGACUGAAAAAAUUCUCUGAGGAUGGCUUUAAAAAAAUUAUUUUUUCAUUCGGAUAAAUUCAUUCAGUUAAAUGGAAAUCAUUUUGAAAAACUUCAUUGUAAUAUGGAUGAAAUAAAAAAAUUAUGUCUAAAUUGCUAGAAGUAAGGAAAUGUCGUACGUAAAAUGAAAUCAUUUACUUCUGUUUUUAUUUAGGCAUUUCAUCUCAAGUGGUACAUUCAGUUCUACACCAGGAAAUUUUUCACUUUACUUUUUUGUGUACUGAAUGCAAAUUUAACUAGAAUUCAGUGUUGAUAAUAAUAAAAUAUUUUUAAAAAUAAA